AUGUCUAAGGCUUCAUUUCUCCCUUCAUUCUCUUCUUUUGCUUCUCCUCAACUUCCAGACAUCAUCAUCAACCCAUCAACUACCAUUAGAUCAUGCACAAGUUCACAAAAACCCAAACAAGCGACCAGUUCUCAUGGUCACUAUCCUCUUCUCUCCAAUGCAAAGGAGAGCUUUUUCAAGAAUGAUUUACAAAUGAAUCAUUCAAAGAACAUAUCAAUGGUGAGAGACAUGUUAUUCUCCAAAGAAGACAAUAAGACUCCAUUGCAAUCCAUGGUGUUAAUAGACACACUUCAACAUAUGGGACUUGAUCAUCUUUUCAAGGAGGAAAUUGGCUCAACUUUGUCAUCCAUUUAUGACAACUUUGCUCAUCAAACACAUCAUGGUCAUAACUUGUUUGAAUCCUCUCUUUUCUUUAGAUUAUUCAGAGAGCAUGGUCAUAGUGUAUCUCCAAAGAUGCUCAAGAAGUUCAUUGAUAAGAAUGGAGAGUUUAAACUAGCUUUAAGUAAGGAUAUAAAAGGUUUGAUGAGCUUGUAUGAAGCUUCACAUUUAAACAUUGGAGAAGAUAUACUAAGAAAAGGCAAGGAGUUUUCAAGCAAGCAUCUUUGGGAUUCUAUUGACUGGUUGGAUAACAAGUCUGCAAAUCAAGUGAAGGAAACAUUAGAGCACCCUUAUCAUAUGAGCAUACAAAGAUACAAAGCUAGAAGAUAUAUUAGCAUGCACCAAGAUGAUCAUGAAAACGGAUGCAAAGAUGUGGUACUGUUUGAAUUAGCUAAGUAUGAGUUCAAUAUUGUUCAACUCUUGCAUCAAAGAAGCUUGAUGUGGAAGAAGAUAGGGUUGGCUCAAGAGUUGAGCUUUGUGAGGGACCAACCAUUGAAAUGGUAUAUGGGGCCUUUGACAAUGGUUCCUCAGCCACAUCAUUCAAAGUGUAGAAUUGAGCUCACAAAAGCAAUUGCCUUCAUCUACAUAAUAGAUGAUAUUUUUGAUGUCUAUGGAACCCUAGAUGAACUCUCUGUUUUCACUCAAGCCAUCAACAAAAAUAACUCUAAAAGGAAUAUGGAUGGAACCCGAUUAACUACCUGUAAAAGCAAAUCAUGGGGAAAAUUGUGCAAUGCUUUCCUUCAGGAAGCAAAAUGGUUUGCAUCAAAACAAGUACCAAACAAGGAUGAAUACUUGAGAAAUGCAGCGACUAGUUCAGGAGUUUUCAUUGUAAUAGUGCACUUAUUUUUUCUAAUGGGACAAGGCUUAACAUUGGAGAACAUACAACAUAUAGAGAAUGAUCCAAGCUUUGUUUCUAAAUCAGGAACUAUUCUGCGCCUUUGGGAUGAUUUAGGCAGUGCCAAGGAUGAAAAUCAAAAAGGGUUUGAUGGAUCAUACCUGGAGUUACACAAAGAACAUCAAGAUUGCACUGCAAAAGAAGCUCAGGAACAUGUGAUGUUGAUGAUCUCCAGAACAUGGGAUGCACUUAACAAAGAAAGCUUCACUCAAGCUCAUUUCUAA